AUUAAAUCUAAAUACAAAUUCUCUUCAUCCUCUGUACUAUAUAAACCGCCGGCAGUAAUUCCCAUGGUUUUUACGUUCAAUUGUCGGGUCCGGCGAUUUCAAACACCGAUGGAAGAGAAGCAACUUCUCGCACUGCUACUCAUGGCGAUGGUUUCGUCUUGCUUCUUCUCCUCCAUGACUGCAAUUCGCACCUCAAAUGAGAUUCAUCGAUCGAAACCGAAAUCGGAGGAGAUGGCAGUGGGCGGAGGCGGUGAUCGGAGAGUUUCAGGCGUGAAAACUGAGAAGGAAGGGGUGACGACACAAUCAGACAACGACGAAGCAGAGGUAAUGGAUUAUGGUCCGCCGGGAUCGAACCCCGGGCACGAUCCUAAAAUUCCUCCGACUGCGGAUGCCUGUCGAGGUUAGGGUUGUAAUUUAAUGGUACACAUGGCAAAUAAUGGUUGGCUCUCGCGAGGAUCAGCUGUGUGAUAUGAUAAUCAUAAUUUAUUUAAAUAUUUUUCUUCUGUAUUGCAGUUUA